GGAGAGGCAAGUUCUAGGCGGGAAGAGUUGAUUUAUCAGCAGCUGCCAAGAAGGGUGCAUGCAGCAUGCACCUGAUGCACCUGGCUCACUCGUGCAGUCGACGCUGCCCAUUUCCAGUUCCUGCCAUUCCCAACCUGGUACAUCCCGCCCAUUUGCCCGCUCCCUGCUCCAAUCAUCUUCCCUCCUCUACCGGCCAUCUUGCUUUCUCGUGCCUUCGCCGUCGUGACUCUAGUCGCGCCAAGUCGAGCUGGACUCCGUCCUUCACGCACCACCCGCUCCGCUCUCACCGCAGGAUUUCCAGGGUCUUGGGCGUGGCAGCCCUACCGUUACCGGCAUAGCGCUCCUACACCAUUCCGAGCCCGUCGAAGCCUCUUUGCUUUCGUCCUGCGACUGACGUGCUGUCCUUUUCCUUACACACGUCUUUGUCACUGCAUUGGUGGCGCGACGAGCACCACUUCACACCUCUCCCGGCUGCUUGGAUAGAGAGAUUGCUGUUGGCAAGCGCGCACAACAACCCAUCAAAUCCCAUUCCGUGACGUCCAACAGCAUCACGGGGUUCGCUCCGCAGCGCAUGGCUGGUCAGCAGCA